GACUGUCAGUUAAUUUUCUCGGAUUUAAGAAAAAACAAGCCACUACGGUGUUUAAGCUCGUUUGUGUGUGUUUUUACAUCAACAACAUAUUUGUGCACGAGAGAGAUUCUGACAUUUAUGGGGGAAAGAAUGUCAUGAAAUAUGCAGUCACCAGGAAGUAUUACGCAGCAGCCUGGCACGUACACGCUGUCAUGUGAACGAGCACAGGAUAGAAGAUGGAGGCUAUACUCUUUGCUGUCCGAACCAAGUACAGUGACGUAACCCACAUUAGUACCGAGGAACUUGCUAGCUGGUUAGGCUCACAAAACAGUACUGUGAGUUCUGGUUCUGCAAGUGAAAUCUCUGAGAUGGUUCCCGAGUCGCAAGGAAUAGCAAGAUCUCGGGAACCGAAUGAACUCAAGCAUCAGGAUAAUAUAAUAUUACUUGACGUUCGUGAGGAAGACGAGUAUAAAGUUAGUCAUCUCGAAAAGGCUAGGAGAAUUAGGGACGACCUCAAUGCAGAGGAAGUUGAAGAACUCCUCAAAGAGAUCUUGAAGCCAUUCAACGAAAAGGAGCCUGAAGAGGAGCUCAAGAUAGUGUGUUACUGUUCCCUUGGAUACAGGUCUUCUGACUUGGCUAGAAAGUUGAAAACCCAAGUUGAUAAUGUGAAACCCACUACCCCUGUGCAAGUAUUUAACCUGGAGGGCUCAAUAUUUAAAUGGGCCAAUGAAGGUCGUAAACUUGUUGAUAAUUAUGGGAAUGACACUACGUAUGUCCAUCCUUAUAAUAUGGUCUUUGGAAUGACGCUGAAGAAAUGUUUGCACAAGUACAAGUAAUGCAAGAUGUGAUAAGUCCAUGAUAUUACCAGUUUCUCUGUACUUCUGUAGAUAGUAUCAUUUCCAAUGAAUGACCAGUACACAGCUUUAUUAAUUAAUUCCACUAAUCUGUCAGAUUUUCAAGUUUCUCAAAAAAUGUGCAGUAUUGUCAAUGUAUGCAAAUGUAGAGAACCAGUGAAGAUGGACUCUAGUAAUAAUAAUCUUUUACCACAUUAUCUUUUCAGGUACCUUUUAUUAUGGUUUUGUAAAUGUUUACUCAAAUUGACAAAGUUGAGUUAUAUGUCAGUUUUAACAUAAAAAAUAUAGAGAAUUAAUUAAAAAAGCUUCUAGUCUGCACAAGGAAGAAAUCAGGAUUCAAGUUUGCACUUGAAUUUAUUUCGGGAAAGUUUUACUAUUCUGGGACACAUUUGGGAUAGGAUUCUAAAGAUAAUUGAUAUCAUUUAGCCAUAGUAUUUAUACAUAUCAGUAAUAGGUGUUUAUAGUAAUAGAUGGCUAAAAUUAUUUAUGUAAAAAAAUUAUUUAUUUUCUUCACAAAGUGCUAUGUACCACAGAUUAUUUUGAAGUGUAAUAUCUUGUGAUAAUUAUGUAGUCAGUACAUUACAUUCUAGUUUAACUGUGAUAAUUUAAAUUUUGUAUGAUUGUUGCUGCUAUUACUUCAAAAUAUAAAUAUACUUAAAACAA